AUGUUGCCUAAACUAAACCCAUUUACGAAGAAGCCAUACACACCGCAAUAUUACAAGAUCCUUGCUCAAAGGACUACGCUUCCCGUGUACCAGAGAGCAAAGGAGCUUACUCAAAAUGUGCGUGACCACCAGGUUGUACUCUUUGUGGGUGAAACAGGAAGUGGUAAAACAACGCAAGUGCCACAGUUCAUAUCAGAGAUGGAAUUACCAGGGGUUGUUGUUUGUACACAACCGCGUCGUAUCGCUGCAAUGUCUAUUGCUGUGCGGGUUGCCGCUGAAAUGGAUGUGCAGUUGGGUGAGGAGGUAGGUUACCGCGUGCGAUUUAAGUCUAUGGUAUCUGAUAAGACAAAAUUGCUUUAUAUGACAGAUGGUAUGCUUUUGCGUGAGGCCUUUUCGGACCGCGAUUUGUCACGGAUUUCAGUAGUUGUUGUGGAUGAGGCUCAUGAACGUACGGUCGAAACGGAUGUGCUUCUUGGGGUGUUGCGUUUGCUUAUGCAACGCCGUCAAGACUUUAGGCUCGUUGUCAUGUCUGCGACGCUUGACAUGGAGAGGUUUCAGGCGUACUUUCCGAAAGCACCACUCAUACAGGUGGAGGGCCGCAUGUAUGAUGUUCAAGUGCUUUACUCUACAGUACCGGUGAAGGAUUAUGUGGAAGCUUGCGUGGAACGUGUGUGUGAUAUCCACUUGAACGAACCACCUGGCGAUAUCUUGUGUUUUCUCACCGGUGAGGCAGAAAUUGAAAGAGCUGUUUCGCGCACGAAGUUAAAACUUGAGCAUCUUCUUGCCGAUGAUGGAAACACGGUGUCUAGCAAUGGUGCCCAGUUGCUUGCAAGGGUCUUACCACUGUAUGGUUCCUUGGGCGUCGAUGACCAGGGGCGUGUGUUUUCUAACGCUGGCAAGAACACGCGGAAAAUUAUUUUUGCAACAAAUAUUGCCGAAACAUCGUUAACUAUCGACGGGAUUGUAUACGUGGUGGAUUGUGGAUACCACAAACAGAGUUUGUACAACGCGGAAGCCCGCGUCGACUACCUAUUACCCGCUGUUAUCAGUAAAGCUUCGGCAGAGCAGCGGAAAGGUCGUGCGGGCCGUACUCGUCCAGGGAAGUGUUUCCGACUUUUUCAACAGAGUGACUUUUCCUCUUUCCCUAAUCAAACUCACCCGGAGGUGCUGCGUUCCAACAUGAUCAACACUGUACUUUUGCUGCUGAAACUUGAUGUUGCCAAUCCAUACCAGUUUGCCUUCAUUGAUCCCCCAUCGCAGCAGAGUGUUAUGGAUGCGUAUUGUCAACUCAGUCUUUUCGGGGCUGUAGACGACGACUUACAACUCACGGACUUUGGGCGUCUGAUGGCCGAUUUUCCCGUGGACGCCUGUUUGGCCCGUGUGCUUAUGCGUUCCGCGCAAUACGGCUGUGCAGCAGACGCAGCGGUUAUAGUAGCGAUGUUAGAAACGAGGAAUGUGCUGGUGCGCCCAGCAUCCCGUGGGAUCGAGGCGGAGCAGAAACACGUGAUGUUUCGUCAUCCUGAUGGCGACCAUUUGACUCUCUUUAAGGUUUUUCACGCUUUUUGGCGUAGCGGCCAGUCCUCGCAGUACUGCUUCGAUAACUUCCUUGCCUAUCAAGCGCUGCAGCAAGCGGUGAAUGUGUAUACUCAGCUUACCAAGUUGAUGAAGAAAAAAAACAUUUGUUUUGUGUCCACGUAUGAUGACAGGUCGGGAAAACUGGACUCCGUGGCGAUCCGGAAAGCGGUACUUGAGGGAUUCUUCACUCAAGUGGCGUAUAAACCACCCGGUGGAGAGCUGUACAAAACUGUAAGGGACUCGCAGAUGGUUGCACUUCACCGCCACUCGUUCCCUUCAAUGAGCGGAUCCCCGUCUUGGAUUGUAUACGACCGACUUGAGGUGCAGGGGCAAGGUGGUACGUUUAUCCGGGUGGCGUCUGCAAUUGAGCCGGAGUGGUUGCUCGAAGUUAGCGACUUUUUUAAUGACACGUCAGAGUUUGGGGAUGGUGAGAUCUGCCGCAUCCUCCAGGACCUGAAAGCGGGGGGCACAACACAAAAGGGAUAA